UAAAUGACCAUGCAUAAAUGGAUGUUUCAAGGACACACCCAGAGUGCAAAGUCUACCAGGACUCGACAGAAAACUUGUCACUCGCACGGGAGGAGGCGACGGGAGGCUACAACAACAAGGCCGCGCACUUGAUCAAGAAGGUUGCAAUUCCUUGAAGACAUCCACUAUCAACGAAUCUCCUCGUUCACAUAACUCCAAUCGGGAACAAUGGCUCUGGACACCGAGCGAAAGGAGCUGCUACUGGGAACGCUGAGGAAACUGGGAAAGGAAGAUUUCGAGUCCUUCAAGUUUUUCACGGACUUGCCUCAAAGUGUACUUAACACAGACAUCCCGGUGGACAUUGCCUAUGAGUUGAUAAGGAAGCACGGCGAGAACGUUCUGGAAGAGACCGUCAAGAUUCUUAAGAAGAUCGGGAACAACAACUUGGCCGAAAUACUGCACAACGGCAUGCUGAAAAUAAAAGUUGCUGACCUCGCCGUCCAUGAAGAUGAAGAUGAUGAUCAGAUUGGCAGAUUGAAGAGAGACCUGCAAGAGAACCUGCUGAGUUUAUACAGCUUUGUUCCCGAGGGCAACACCAAGCGCUGGGAGCAGCAGCAGUCUCUGGCGGAUGUCUACACAGAGCUCAACGUCACCUACGGGGCUGACGUCAGCCCUGACAAGCGGCACGAGGUCCUUCAGAUGGAGACGUGCGCCCUCACCAAGAAGUCUAUCCGGCCGUGCGACAUCUUCGAAAGCGCAGACGGGAAGCGUCGACCGAUUCGCACAAUGCUCACCGUCGGCUUCGCAGGAAUCGGGAAAACCUUCCUGGUGCGCAAGUUUGCGAUGGAUUGGGCCAGCGGAAAUACCAACCAGGACGUGGACUUCAUAUUUCCCUUCACCUUCCGUGAGUUGAACAUGGAAAAAGGAAAAAGCUUUACGCUGGCCAAGCUAAUCCGACUGUACGUCAGCGAGAGCAGGCGCAUGAGCGAGGAGACGCUGAACAAUAUCUUUGACAGCCUGCAGAAGUCCGGUAACCGUGACUAUAAAACCAGCAGGAUCAAGAUCUUGUUCGUCCUGGACGGACUUGACGAGUGCAACUUCAAAAUGGACUUGAAGAACGAGAUGAAAAUGGACAUCGAUGUAAAGCAGGCCUACCCACUGGAGGUGCUCCUGGCGCACCUCAUCAAAAGGAACCUGCUACCCUGCGCCCGGCUUUGGAUCACAACACGGCCCGCGACAGUCCGCUAUAUCCCCUCUAACCUCAUCGACAGCAGAACAGAGGUGAGAGGAUUCAGUGAUUCCCAGAGGCUGGAGUACUUCAGGAAAAGAUUCCCAAAUGAUGAGCGCGUCAUUCAGCACAUCCGGAAAUCUCGCACCAUCUUCAUCAUGUGUCACAUGCCAAUCUUCUGCUGGAUCAGCUCCACAAUUCUACAGGAUCAUUUGGACAAAGGGAAGGUGGGAGAUCUUCCAACAACGCUGACCGAGAUGUACACAUGGAUCGUGUUUUACCACCUGGAAGUAUGGAAGGAGAGACUGAAGACGGAGUACAGCCGUUAUGUGAAAGCGCUAGCAAAGCUGGCCUUUCACCACACGAUGAAUAAGCGUCAGAUCUUCUACGAGAAGGACCUAGAAGACAGCGGCUUUGAUUACGGCCAAGACGCUAAACACUGCGGUUUGUUCACCGAGGUGUUCAAAGAAGUACGUCCGCUAAGGAGAAUCCAGCAAGGCAAGAUGUUUCAGUUUGUCCAUUUGACCAUCCAGGAGUAUCUAGCCGCACUGUACGUGAUGAUGAUGUGCUCCCAUCACAAAAAGAAUGUACUAGCUGACUCCAGAUGGUCACUGAAAGGCUUUUUAAUGCCUGCUAAGCAGAAGCUAAUCACUCAGGUCCAGUUGUCAGCUCUACAGAAAGCCUCUGAGAGUGAAGGAAACCUGGACCUUUUCCUGCGCUUCCUCUUUGGCCUUUCCUUGGCAUGCAACCAGGAACUAUUGGGGGAACUGCUGAAGGCUCCUCAGGACUGCGGGCAAAGCAAGUCAGACACAGUCGAGUUGAUCAAAAAAAGUAUAAAACAGAACACUCCAGAGAAGAACAUCAACUUAUUCUACUGCUUAAGCGAGCUGAAGGACGACUCCAUGCUGGAACAGAUUGAGCAAGAACUACAUUCAAGAAAUCUGUCCUGGCGCAACAUGCCAAAUGAAAUGUGGUCGGCCCUGGCCUUCUUCUUACUGACCUCUGACGAACCCAUGGAUUGGUUUGACCUGAAGAAGUACUCCGCAUCGGCGUAUGGGCUCGAGAUGCUGCUGUCGGUGGUCAAGGCUUUUGAAAAAUCAGUGCUAACCGAUUGUCACCUGGACAAACGCAGCUGUCACCUGCUGGCCUCCGUUCUCAGCUCUUCAUCCAACCUGAGGUUUCUUGACCUGAGCCACAACGAUCUGUUGGACGAGGGUGUCGAGAUCCUCUCGAAGGGACUGGCCAGCCGAAACUGCAUCUUGCAAGUCUUAAAGUUGACAAAGUGCAAGAUCACAAAGCAAGGAUGCACUGAAUUGGCCAAGGCUAUCAAGCUAAACCCCUCCAAUCUUCAAGAGCUGGUCCUGAGCGAAAACGAUUUGUCGGACGAGGGGGUCACGAGCCUCUCGAAAGGGCUGGCCAGCCAAGACUGCACCUUAAAAGUCCUUGAGCUGUCAAACUGCGGGUUCACGGAGAAAGGAUGUGUUUCAUUGGCUAGGGCUCUCAAGUCAGACCCCUCCCAUCUUCAAGAACUGUGUCUGAGCGAAAACGAUCUGUCGGACGAGGGGAUCAAGAUCCUCUCGAAAGUACUGGACAGUUCCAACUGCUUCCUAAAAGUCCUCAGGCUGUCACAUUGCAAGUUCAUGGAGCGAGGAUGCUUUUCAUUGUCCUUGACUCUCAAGUUUAGCCUCUUACAUCUUCAAGAACUGGAUCUGAGUGCCAAUGACUUUUCAGACGAGGGGGUUGAGACCCUCUCAAAAGAACUGACCAGCCCCAAUUGCUUCUUAAAAGUCCUCAGUCUGUCAGGUUGCAAGAUCACGAAGCAAGGAUGCAGUUCAUUGGCCAGGGCUCUUAUGUUCGGCCUUCUCCAUCUUCAAGAGCUGGACCUGAGUGAGAACAAUCUGUCAGACGAAGGGGUUGAGAUUCUCUGGGAAGGAUUGGCCUGCAGAGGCUCCGACUUAAAAGUCCUCGAUCUGUCAAGCUGCAAUAUCACGAAGCGAGGAUGCGUUUCUUUGGCCGAGGCUUACAAGUUGAACCCUUUCCAUCUUCAAGAGAUAUGGCUGUGGUGCAAUCCAAUAGGAGAAGAAGGAGAAAGCAUCUUAACAGAGUUUUCGCUUCGUUUUCCUCUUCGAGCAACGUUUGAUCCAUUUCGUCAAGAUGGAUUUUGAUCAGUCCAUCCGAGUACCCAGACGCGGCUUGCAAGUACCCGGAACUGUAUGACCACCGCGAGACGGCGUCAGCGCAACAGGCAUAACAGUUUUGCCCGCCUUCUGCAACACUGCUGCCACUGGGAGGUGGAUUCAAGAGGGUCAAUGUCACUGUGACCAACCUUAACCCUUUAGCCACACGAUCGCCAUAAUACCAGGACGGACUGUAUGCGCAACAGUGCUUUGCUCAAUAACGUCCCUUUACUUAUCGUGGUAGAGCCGUCAAGUUUCUCCCAGUUCAGUUUCUGCCCCCGUACAUCUGCUUGUACUUGUCCUUAAAACUGGGCACAGCUUAUGGUAGUUUUCCGUAAAUUAUGUUUUUUAAAAUUUCCAUUACCAUAAUGACUAACUUUGCCGGCAACCACAGUUGAAGGAAAUUUCCCUUAAAUUAUAUGGAAAUUAUUUACAUUAUCGUAAUGAUUUUUACAUUGUCACCAUUAGGGUUGUUUCGAUCAUGUUUUUUAAGCUCCCGAUCCGAUCCCGAUCAUUUUAGUUUGAGUAUCUGCCGAUCCCAAUAUUUCCCGAUCUGAUUGCUUUUUUUUUGCUCCCGAUUUAAUUCCAAUCAUUCCUGAUAAUUUUUCCCGAUCAUAGACAUUUUGGCAAUGCGUUAAGAAAAAAAUGAAUAAAACUCAGACUAAUAUAUACAUUCAACAUACAGUACAUAAGUACUGUAUUUGUUUAUUAUGACAGUAAAUCCUCAAGAUGGCAUUUACAUUAUUAACAUUCUUUCUGUGAGAGGGAUCCACGGAUAGAAAGACUUGUAAUUCUUAAAGGAUGAAUGUGACUUUGUAUAUUGUGACUAAAUAUUGCCAUCUAGUGUAUUUGUUGAGCUUUCAGUAAAUGAUACUAUAGCCACUUAAAACCCUCAUGUUACACUGUCUACAUUUUUUGUAAAUUUUCGAAUUUCUCACCUUUAAAUCAAAGAAAAAGCAUAUUAAAAAAAACACCAGAGAGCUGCCAUUUCCAGGGGGUGUCUAAAAUGUCCUGAAUUUCAAAAUGCCACCUGCUGAGCUUUCUAAGGCAUUGCAGCAAUGAGAUUUUACUUUUGAUACUGAAACAUAGCAUUUUUACAUUUUUUGUAGCAUAGACACCCAUUAUAAUUCCAAUUUUUGAAUGCAUUGUAAACCUAAUGUGCAAAAAUGCAUUUCCCGCGAUUACCACAUCAAUUGCUUUAUUUACGCUUGUUCAGACGUAUGCAUGCCAAAUUUUUGGGUUGAGAGCAUUUACACCCCUUCACCGUUAGGUAACGCCAGAGGCUCGCAAAUGAUUUUGCCUUUUUGCAGCCGGCUCCAAAAUUUUGCAUCUUUGUUCAACAAUUCCGGUCGGGACUUUAGUAGGGCUUGGUGGGGACCUCCAGAAAUGACUGGCCGAGUUCUUUUUCAAAAAAUAAAGUGUUUGUUUGAAUUUUAUACGUCUACGCAAUACGCAUGCGUGUGAGCGUCUUUAGUUCAAACAGAUGUUCUGCAUAGAGAUUGGCUCAGAUUUCGAAAGUUACGUUUUGAGUUGCGUUUUUGAAUCUCAACUAUGAUUGGUCCGCCUCGUGUUUGAAUUUAUUAGCCCGCGAUUGGUCAAGCUCCGAUUGAUAGAAAGAGGAGGUCCUCCUCUUAUUACGCAGCGUCAUCCUAGGGAGCGUCAGGAUGACGGGAGUCAUAAUAGUCGGGUCGGAUCCAUCGGGCAGCGCCGAUCAUACUUAUGGAACUCGGAAAACAAAAAAGCGAUAUGGCAUCCAACCAACGAAGUGGCUGGACAUUACGUCCCUGCGCGAAUCCCCACGCCUGGCCCCACGUUGUAUGCAGUAUGAUGCUAGAUGAGCAGUCGGGAGACGGCGUUUGCGUUAUUUGUAAACCAGGAGAUCGUCGCGAAAAUAGUCGCAUUGACCAACAUCCAAGGGCUCCGAUCGCUCAAGAACUGGUCUCCCCUCAUGCUUCAAGAGCUGCGGGCGUAUAUCGGGCUGCUUAUCCUAGCUGGAAUGGUACCGCUCCAGGCAUGAAGCGACGAGCAGCUUGUGAGGCGUCAAGACCGGGCGUUCGACGUUCCCCGACGCAAUGGCUCAUCGGGGGUUCAUGGAGAUCAACCGAAUGCUCCGGUUCGAUGAUAAGCUGCUUAGACCACAGCGGUACUAUGCAAGCAAACUGUCGCCGAUUUAAGAUUUGUGGAUCAGCUGGAUUUUCCGGCUGCAUGAAAUGUAUAACGUGGGACGUAACGCGUCCGUGGACGAACACCUAAUUGCCUUUAGAGGACGCUGCUGCUUCAAACAAUAUAUGCCGUCAAAGCCUGCAAAGUAUGGCAUGAAGAUUUGGGCCCUUUGUGACGCUCGAACCUCCUACGCAUCAAAGCUGGAGGUCUACACCGGCAAUCCUCCAGGGGACACGCGUAAACACAACGUGGGAUUGCUUGUGGUGCUGGGACUCACUGACUGAUUGCUUUAUAUAAAUUCUGUUAUAAAUUCUUCAUAGCUGUUGUGACUUUCCUUUUCAAGGUUAUAGUGUAUGGAUAGCUCUGACUCCAGUGAACAUUUUGAGUGGUUGAAAGUAAAAAAAAUAUUCAUAAAUGACUUCGUUAUCACACCUCAAAACAUUUACAAUUAUUGUAAAAAUUGCGUGUUUACACAAAAAUGGCCAUUGGAAAAAAAUAGGCAUGCAUAAAAAAAUAUAUAUAUUAUUAUAACUCAAUCACCUUUUCAAGGCUCUAAUUGUGUGAUAUGAAAUGUUCCAAUUCAUGUUUUAUAUAUAUAUAUGUAUGUAUGUAUGUAUGGGGUAUUAUACACAAAAAUGGCCAUAGCAAAAAAUAGGCAUGCAUAAAAAAUAUAUAUAUAUUAUUAUAACUCAUUGACCUUUUCAAGGCUCUAAUUGUGUGAUAUGAAAUGUUCCAAUUCAUGUUUUAUAUAUAUAUAUAUAUGUAUGUAUGUAUGUAUGGGGUAUUAUACACAAAAAUGGCCAUAGCAAAAAAUAGGCAUGCAUAAAAAAAUAUAUAUAUCAUUAUAACUCAUUGACCUUUUCAAGGCUCUAAUUGUGUGAUAUGAAAUGUUCCAAUUCAUGUUUUAUAUAUAUAUAUGUAUGUAUGUAUGCAGCAUAGUUUGUUUUGGUUAUAGCACAGUACUGCUUUUAUUGUCCAUAGAGGGCAAAACAUACAAAUAAAAAAAAAAAAACUAUAUAUGUAUGGAUAGCUCUGAGGCCACAGAAUCAUUUUGUGUGGUUGAAUGUAAAAAAAUAUUCAGAAAUCACUUAGUUAUCGCACCUCAAAACAUUUACAAUUAUUGUAAACAACUGUAUGUUUAGGGGUAUUAUAAACAAAAACGGCCAUUGCCAAAAAUGGGCAUGGAUAAAAAAAAAAAAUCUCUUGUUAUAACUCUUUAACCUUUUCAAGGCUCUAAUUGUGUGAUAUGAAAUUUUCCAAUUCAUGUUUUAUAUAUAUAUGUAUGCAGCAUAGUUUGUUUUGGUUACAGCACAGUACUGCUUUUAUUGUCCAUAGAGGGCAAAAAAUACAAAUAAAAAAAUAAAAACUAUAUAUGUAUGGAUAGCUCUGAUGCCACUGAAUCAUUUUGAGGGGUUGAAUGUAAAAAAAUAUUCAGAAAUGACUUAGUUAUCGCACCUCAAAACAUUUACAAAUAUUGUAAACAAUUGUAUGUUUAGGGGUAUUAUACACAAAAACGGCCAUUGCCAAAAAUGGGCAUGGAUAAAAAAAAUUCUGAUAUUAUAACUCUUUGACCUUUUCAAGGCUCUAAUAGUGUGAUAUGAAAUUUUCCAAUUCAGUUUUGUUUUAUACAUAUAUAUCCAACAUAGUUAGUUUUGGUCGUAGCACAGUACUCCUUUAAUUGUCAAUAGAGGGCAAAAAAUACAAAUAAAAAAAUAAAAACUAUAUAUGUAUGGAUAGCUCUGAAGCCACUGAAUCAUUUUGAGGGGUUGAAUGUAAAAAAAUAUUCAGAAAUGACUUAGUUAUCGCACCUCAAAACAUUUACAAUUAUUGUAAACAAUUGUAUGUUUAGGGGUACUCCUUUAAUUGUCAAUAGAGGGCAAAAAAUACAAAUAAAAAAAUAAAAACUAUAUAUGUAUGGAUAGCUCUGAUGCCACUGAACAUUUUGAGGGGUUGAAUGUAAAAAAAUAUUCAGAAAUAACUUAGUUAUCACACUUAAAAAACUUUUACAGUUUUUGUAAAAUUUGUAUGAUGCGUCAUAUAUUUUUUUUGCUAACACAAGGUUAACUGCCCAGAUGCAUGAUGGGAAGUGCAACCAUGACUGUGUGUAGUGGUACCAAUUGAUAUAUCUUCUCUGCGUUGAGAGGGUGUUAAAAAAAAGAUUAACUACUUCCUUUCUUCCCCACAUUUAUUCCCAUGACAUUUCUAAUCGUAGGGAGAGGGAUUGUAAGGCUUUAGCCAAUUAUAAAAAGGCUCCAAAGGCUGCCAAAAUGCACUCUUCUCAUUUAACGCUGCCUUUAGGCCCUAUAUAUAGGUAAAACGGCGCCAUUACAGAUUGAACGCGACAAUGCGUGAGUGGGUCGUGCAGCGCAUGCGUUAAUUGCGUUAAAUAUUUUAACAUGAUAAUUUUUUUUAAUUAAAAUUAAUUACCGCCAUUAACGGGAUAAAUUUGAUAACCCGACCUUAAGCCUAAACUAAAGAUUCUAGAUGAGUGUAACAUAUUAUGUCUGUAACGUUAAAUACAAUCAGAAAACAAUUUAAUUAAAAACGGGAUCGGACCCGAUCGAUCGGCAUCUCUACCCUUAAUGUGUUCGGAUUUUAUCUGUUUUAUUUUGUUUUAAUGAGUUGUAAUGACUUUUAGCGCAACGAAUUGUUUUUUGCCCUUGAUUUUAUUUUAUAGUACUUCCCUGCCUUUUAUUUUUAAUGUACUAUAUUUUGCUUUGCUUCAAAGCACUUUGAGGACUUCUCAGGUUUUUGUAGAUAAAUACAUUUGAUUUGAACAUGGCCUGUGAUUACUCGAUAAGCUCGUUUUGACCCGAGCAGCUAGUGUAAAAAUUUCCUGUUAUGAAAAAGUCCAGAUGUUUCCUGUUAUUAACAAGUAAAGCCAAGUGUUCUAGUGUUCUACGAAUGUUUGUGUGCUUGCUUGUUGCAUUCCUGACUUGAUUUAAGCACGGGGGCCUCUAUCUGCAAAUGUUUCUGUGUGCUUUGUGUACUCCAUGACAUAUGCACUUUUGUCAAGCUAAUGGGACUUAACUUG